AACAUGAAUAAAUAUAAAAAAGCACAAAGAGCAGAAGACCUGCACCUUAUCGGAAUGUGUUGUUGCCGCGAGGAAAAUAAUAAAAUAAAUACGCAAAGUGUUGAGCCGCAAUUCGACGACGAUUGAAAUCUCGCCCUGAGUGAGUGAUAAAAACAAAACAAACACCUUUGAAGAUUUGCUGAGGAUAUUCGUCGCUCACUCCUUAGACUCGGUUUCCCGAGCGCCGAGCAUCCCUCCCCAUCAGGCCUAUAAUGGAAAAUAUUGUACUGAAAGAGGCAAUAAUCAUGGCCAGCAACAACAGCAACAAUAUGUGUCGACUGUGCUUAUCUGCCAAUGGGAUUACCGAGCCCAUCUGCUACGACCAGCGUGAUCAGUUUUUGCUGCAGAAAAUAUACGAAUGCACUACGCUUCAGAUAUCGCCUUUGAACGGGAUCCCCUCCUCGCUCUGCACUAUCUGCAAAGCACGUCUAGAUGAGUUCUACCAGUUUCGUUGGCAGUGUAUCAAAAACGAUGAAAUCAUCCGCCGAAUAGCGGACAGCUUCCAUAAUAAGCAAUCGGAUGAUUCGUCAACGUCUUCACCUAUCACCGCACAAUCUCCUAAUCGAAACCCUAAGCUGGAAGUAAUUGAUCAACAUCUGCCCGCUGGUGGUGAAAUGCAGCAAGUUCCUACGGCCGAUGGACGAUCGUCCUCCGAGUACAAAGGAGGCGCCGAAGAGGAACACCUAGUAGAUGAGCGAGCUGCCCCAAUUGGGUACGGCGAACAUACCGAACAAGGAGGAAGGCCACAUCAGGAUGGCUACAGUUUGGGAGAGCAUAGCCAUGCAAUGCACAAUCAAUACGUCACAGGCCCGGCCAUGAAUCCGUAUAACGGCGAACACACAGCAGGUUUCCAGCCGGAGGAUAAAUACCAAACACCACAUCAAUAUGAGUUUUCGGAUUUUCGGAGGAAGCGUGGUCGUCCGCCGAAGCAAAAAUUCGACCCAUAUCACCACCCUAUCGUGAAAUACGGCGAGAGUUCUAUUGACGAAAUGAAAGGCUCUGUAGAAACAGGUUCGAGUAUUUUGGAACAAGAACCGGAAACCAUUAUGACAUAUGGAGAAGGGACGUCUAGGAUCGAAUAUCAACAUGGACCUGUCUAUGGUGAUUGGGAUCCCCAAACGAAGAUCAAACUAGAACAGAUCGAUCAUCAGCAAGUUCGAUAUGAUGAACCGGAGCCCGCCUCCCCGCAAGCACAUGAGCAGAAAGUGGUUACAACAAACAUGAUCCAGACCGUGUUAACUCCGGAAGGGUUCGUGAAAAGAAGUCGUGGACGUCCUCCUCGGGAAGGAGGUUGUCCGAAUCAAGAUCGAACCGAGUACCGAUUCCAGUGUCAAUUCUGUGACGCCAGGUUCAAAGCGGCCAUAAACUUGAAAUUGCAUACCAAUACUCACACUGGUGAGCGACCAUACAAGUGUCAAUUGUGUGAAAAGUCCUUCGCCCAUCCUAGCAAUUUGAGCGUUCAUACCAAGCUUCAUACGCAAGAACGUGUGAAACGGGAAGGUGUUCCUUCGGAGAAAAAGUUUCAGUGUCCAUAUUGCAACACGUUGUUUGCCUUAGCGUUCCAGCUCAAGAUUCACAUAAACACGCACACCGGACAGAAACCGUACGUGUGUAAGAACUGUGGCAAAGGCUUCGCCCAACCAAGCAAUCUACACGUGCACAUCAAGAAGCAUUGUCAUAAACGGGUCGAAUACCACGAGCAGCAAGGCCAGAAUGACCAGCACCAUUCUUCAGAACAUCAGCAGAUUCACCAUCAUCCGCAAAAUCAACUAACUCAACAGCAACCACACUUCCACUCUGCCCCUGCGCAACAUCAUACGGUUGUCCCUCCACAUUCGCAAACAUCCCCGUCACAUCAGCCACACUCUCCUACUCUACAAAUCACUCAGACUGAUGAUCCGAGCUCUUCAUUGAACCACUCUACCCAGCAACCGAUUCCACUUGAACACAGUUCGGAGCCCACAGCCGAGAAACAACGAGGAACUAGUCCCUGUCAGCAGCCGCCCACAACCGGAAUGGGGAUUGCUCCGAUUAUGUUGGUUUAGAAAACUAGACAUACAUUAGUCGGUACACUUUCAAAACUACGCAGCUUUUAAUCAAAAUAUCCAAAAAAUACGAAAUGUGUAUAAUUAGAUAGGUUCAGAUGAAUGUAUUACAAAUUACAUUCAAUUCUGCAGUAGAACGGUAGUUUCAUACUCCCAACAUAUUAAAUAUGACUAACUUUCUAAAUGUGUAACUUUUUAGGGAAAACUAUCUGUUUUGACGUACUAAUUUGCAGUAAUAUUUUUUUAAUUUUCAUAUAUACAUAUACAAAUGUAGCAUUUGUUGUAUUAAUAACAUAAAAAAAUUAAA